UGAUAUGUCAUCUCCCUUGCGAGGCUGACCGGUCGAGCCGCCCGUCCGCUAUAGAAAGGCGACAUCGCCCUGCGCGCGCGGUAAGGUUUCUUUUGGCGUUCACAAGUUCACUUCACGCUUCACGUGCAAACACCAUCGAAGACGUCUGUUCUUCAGCCUCUCUUUAAUCACCGCGCUACCUAGCCAUAGUCGCUCGUUCAGCACACGCGCCAGUCGCACAUUCCGAUCUCCAAAAUCGAACAAACCUCACAAGCUCGUCGAGAUGUUCUCCAAGCUCUUCCUCGCAGGCCUUCUCGGCCUUGCCGCCGCAUACACCAAGCCAGUUGGUGACAAGCCAGAGGGCAACCCUAUCUCUCAGCCUGGUUUGAACUCGGUUGUUCCAGUUGGCGAGGGCUUCACUGUCACCUGGGAGCCAACCACGGAGGGCACCGUCACUCUCCUCCUCCUCAAGGGCCCAAGCAGCAACGCUGUUCCACAAUACCCAAUCGUGGAGAAGAUCGAGAACAAGGGCACAUACGUCUGGACUCCAUCUACGGACUUGGAGCCAACUGAGAACGCCCAGGGCUACGGCAUUCAGCUGAUCGUCGACGCCACCGGACAAUACCAGUACACCACUCAAUUCGGCAUCUCCAACCCAGGCUACAAGAAGUCCGACAAGACCGACGAGACCCCAGCCGGCUACGGUGGUUCCUACUCUUCCGCCUCCAGCGCUGCCAAGACCCCAGAUGCCUACACCAAGCCUGUGCCAUCCACCAGCAGCGUUGCCAGCGCCUACUACCCAAUCGCCACCGGCUCGCCAAAGCCUGCCCAGAACGUGACCAUGAUUCCAGGUGGAUACACCAAGACCUCUUUGGCCACCUACGGCUCUACCACCGCCCCUACCGCCACCGCUUCGCGACCUGCUCAAGCCACUGGUGCCGCUGCCAACGUCGCCAUCAGCUUCUUCGGUCUCGUGGCCGCUGGUGGUGCCGCCAUCAUGGCCGUCUAAGCACCUCUAGGCAAGCCGACACCGCAUUGACGAUAAUAUCCGCGACUACCUACCAGCAUAAGCGCAAGGCGUUUACCCUUUUUGAAUAAUGAAGGAAGCGAGUUGUGUUGCGAGAGCAUGUAUCACUGGAUGGGCCGGGCGAUUCUGCACAUGUGUAUUUGGUAGCGCGUCGUCACGCCGGAAUGACAAUCGAGCAAUGGGAGAACUACUCUACGAGUCGGAUCACUCGAGCAUCCCGAAGCCUUC